AUGGUGACUUCCUUGGUCUUCCAUCGGUACAUGGAGUGCCCUAAUCAAACAGCCCCAGACAAUUUUGUCCUCUCUGGGUUCCCAUAUCCAGAUCUAAAGUUACCCUUGCUUCUCUCCUUCUCACUCAUGUUUAUCCUGACUCUUUCUGGAAAUUCUCUGAUCAUCUUGGCAGUCAUCUCUGACCAUCAAUUGCACAAGCCAAUGUACUGGUUCCUCUGCCAUCUUUCCACCCUGGAUAUGGCCUUCUCCUCUGUGGUGGUUCCCACAAUUAUUGCAGGAUUCAAUUCUGGAGGGGAAAUCAUCUCUUUUUCUGGAUGUGUGACUCAGAUUUUUUUUUUGAACUUCCUUGGGUGUGCAGAAAGCCUCCUCUACACCUUGAUGGCUUAUGACCGCUUCUUGGCCAUCUGUAAACCACUUCACUAUGGCAACAUCAUGAGCAAGAGAGCUUGCCUCAUCCUCUCCUUGGGUACCAUCAUUGGGGGCUGCCUCAACUCCACAUUUCAGACAUCCUUCACCUUUCACUUGCCUUAUGGACAGAGAAACUAUAUUGAUUAUGUCUUCUGUGAUAUUCCUGCCAUUUUGAAGCUGGCUUGUGCUGAUACAAAACUUAAUGAGUUGAUGAUCUUCAUUGAUGUUGGCCUUGUAGCAAUGACUUGCUUUCUCCUUAUCCUAGCAUCUUAUGCUUACAUCAUCACAGCUAUUUUGAGGAUUAACAGCAGUGAGGGACGGCACAGAGCUUUCUCAACUUGCUCUGCCCAUGUAACUGUGGUAGUAAUAUACUACCUCCCUCUGUUUUAUCGUUAUAUGCGGCCAGCAUCUCAGGGCUCCAUGGAUGGUGUGGUGAGCAUUUUCUACACUACAAUCACCCCUUUGUUGAACCCCGUGAUAUACACACUUAGGAACAAGGAGAUGAAAACUGCUCUGGUGAAACUAUGGAGUGGGAAUCUAGAGUAG